GGGAGCGACGGCUCCCGCCAAGUCCACCUUCCCCCUCCCCUGUUUGGACGAACCUCAUUAUUUGAAUAUUUUUUUCCGGGAACUCUUGGACGCCCUUCCCCCACCUAGUCUCCAUUGGCCUGGUUCUGUCUUCUAGGGCGCGUGUGGCUGAUAACACUAAAUGUUAAUACUUCCGUUUCUUUUUUUCUUGUGGUUUUUUUGUAUUUUUGUUUGUUUUCUACCUACUUUGUGGCCAGAAGAGGCCUAGUCCAAGUUUAUUUCCUGUCGGAGAAAUAGUUCCCACUUUUUUCCUUUGGUUGCAAGUGAGGCUGACUUGCAUUCCUUUGGUGAUUGGCGUGUGCUCUGCUUACGAGAAGCAGUUGUGUCCCACACUUAAAGCAACUUUUCUCUAUUUCCUUUGCUCUUCUGAAUCUUAACGGGUGGAGCGUGGUGGCGGUAGUUGGCGGCAACAUUGGUGGCCCAGAAGUUGGAAGCCAUCGAGUUAUACCCUGACUGUAAUUGGAGAAGCCAGUGGUGCUGCUGGUGUUUUUCGGAGGCAGUUCAAGUUGAAUCAUUAAUUCUGCUAAGGUGUAAACUUCCAAGAUGUCAAAAACAAACAAAUCCAAGUCUGGGUCUCGCUCUUCUCGCUCAAGAUCUGCAUCCAGAUCUCGGUCUCGUUCAUUUUCAAAGUCUCGGUCCCGAAGCCGAUCUGUCUCUCGUUCAAGGAAGCGCAGGCUAAGUUCUAGGUCUCGUUCCAGAUCAUAUUCUCCAGCUCAUAACAGAGAAAGGAAUCACCCCAGAGUGUAUCAGAAUCGAGAUUUCCGAGGUCACAACAGAGGCUACAGGAGGCCAUAUUACUUCCGUGGGCGAAAUCGAGGCUUUUAUCCAUGGGGCCAGUAUAACCGAGGUGGCUAUGGAAACUACCGUUCCAAUUGGCAGAACUACCGGCAAGCAUACAGCCCUCGUCGGGGCCGUUCUCGAUCUCGGUCCCCAAAGAGAAGGUCCCCUUCACCACGGUCCAGGAGCCACUCUAGGAACUCUGAUAAGUCAUCCUCUGACAGGUCAAGACGCUCCUCAUCUUCCCGGUCGUCCUCCAACCACAGCAGAGUUGAGUCAUCUAAGCGAAAGUCUACAAAAGAGAAAAAGUCCUCUUCCAAGGAUAGCCGGCCCUCUCAGGCAGCUGGUGAUAACCAGGGAGACGAGGCUAAGGAGCAGACAUUCUCUGGAGGCGCCUCUCAAGAUAUAAAAGGGUCUGAGAGCUCAAAGCCAUGGCCAGAUGCCACCACCUAUGGCACUGGUUCUGCAUCACGGGCCUCAGUUUCAGAUCUGAGUCCCCGGGAGAGAAGCCCAGCUCUCAAAAGUCCCCUCCAGUCUGUGGUGGUUAGGCGAAGGUCACCACGCCCUAGCCCUGUGCCAAAACCUAGUCCUCCACUUUCUAAUGCAUCCCAGAUGGGCUCAGGUGGUGCUGGAUAUCAAUCUGGAGCACACCAAGGUCAGUUCGACCAUGGCUCUGGGUCUUUGAGUCCAUCCAAAAAGAGUCCUGUGGGUAAGAGUCCACCAGCCACUGGCUCUGCAUAUGGUUCAUCUCAGAAAGAAGAGAGCGCUGUUUCGGGGGGAGCAGCAUACUCAAAAAGGUAUCUGGAAGAGCAGAAGACAGAGAAUGGAAAGGAUAAGGAGCAGAAACAAACAAAUGCUGAGAAGGAGAAGCUGAAGGAGAAAGGGGGCUUCUCUGAUGCUGAUGUCAAAAUGAAAUCUGAUCCAUUUGCUCCCAAGUCGGACACUGAGAAGCCCUUCCGAGGCAGCCAGUCACCCAAAAGGUAUAAGCUCCGGGAUGACUUUGAGAAAAAGAUGGCUGACUUCCACAAGGAGGAGAUGGAUGAGCAAGAUAAGGACAAAAGUAAGGGAAGGAAGGAACCCGAGUUUGAUGAUGAGCCCAAGUUUAUGUCUAAAGUCAUAGCCGGUGCGAGCAAAAACCAGGAAGAAGAGAAGUCAGGCAAGUGGGAGAGCCUGCAUGCAGGGAAGGAAAAGCAGAGGAAAGCAGAGGAGCUGGAGGAGGAGCCUUUCACAGAGAGAUCCCGAAAGGAGGAGCGUGGAGGGUCCAAGAGGAGCGACAGUGGACACAGGGGCUUUGUGCCAGAAAAGAAUUUCCGGGUGACUGCAUACAAGGCAGUCCAGGAGAAAAGUUCAUCACCUCCCCCAAGGAAGACCUCUGAGAGCCGUGACAAGCUGGGAAACAAAGGAGACUUUUCCUCAGGGAAGUCUUCCUUUUCCAUUACUCGGGAGGCCCAGGUCAAUGUCCGGAUGGACUCCUUCGAUGAGGACCUUGCACGACCCAGUGGCUUAUUGGCUCAGGAACGAAAGCUUUGUCGGGAUCUAGUCCAUAGCAACAAAAAGGAGCAGGAAUUCCGAUCCAUUUUCCAGCACAUACAGUCAGCUCAGUCUCAGCGUAGUCCCUCAGAACUGUUUGCCCAGCACAUAGUGACCAUUGUUCAUCAUGUUAAAGAGCAUCACUUUGGAUCCUCUGGAAUGACAUUGCAUGAACGCUUUACUAAAUACCUAAAAAGAGGAAAUGAACAAGAAGCAGCUAAAAAUAAGAAAAGUCCAGAGAUACACAGGAGGAUAGACAUUUCCCCCAGUACAUUCAGAAAGCAUGGUUUGACUCAUGAGGAAUUGAAAAGUCCACGAGAACCUGGCUACAAGGCUGAGGGAAAAUACAAAGAUGAUCCUGUUGAUCUUCGUCUUGAUAUUGAACGUCGUAAAAAACAUAAGGAGAGAGAUCUUAAGCGCGGUAAAUCAAGAGAGUCGGUGGAUUCCAGAGACUCUAGCCACUCAAGAGAAAGGUCAACUGAAAAGACAGAGAAAACCCACAAAGGAUCAAAGAAGCAGAAGAAGCACCGCAGAGCAAGAGACCGGUCUAGGUCGUCUUCCUCCUCUUCCCAGUCAUCUCACUCCUACAAAGCAGAGGAGUACCCUGAGGAAGCAGAGGAGAGGGAGGAGAGCACCUCAGGUUUUGACAAAUCCAGAUUGGGGACCAAAGACUUCGUGGGUCCGAAUGAAAGAGGCGGCAGAGCUCGGGGAACCUUUCAGUUUCGAGCAAGAGGGAGAGGUUGGGGCAGAGGAAACUAUUCUGGUAACAACAACAACAACAGCAACAAUGAUUUUCAAAAGAGAAGCCGGGAAGAAGAGUGGGAUCCAGAGUAUACACCCAAGAGCAAGAAGUAUUACUUGCACGAUGACCGGGAAGGCGAGGGCAGCGACAAAUGGAUGAGCCGAGGUCGUGGCCGAGGAGCCUUUCCCCGGGGCCGUGGCCGGUUCAUGUUCCGGAAAUCGAGUACCAGCCCCAAGUGGGCCCAUGACAAGUUCAGUGGAGAGGAGGGAGAGAUUGAAGAUGAUGAGAGUGGGACAGAGAACAGAGAAGAGAAGGACAGUCUACAGCCCUCAGCUGAGUAGGAACCAUUCUUGAUGGAGCCCUUGCCCCAGGGGAGAAAGGCGCUGGGAGAGGCUGGUGGAGCGAAACAAGGAAACAAGGAGCCUCAUGACGAUCCUGAAAACCCCACCCCACAACCCACUAGCCACACAGAAUCAAUCCCACGACAGCAGAGUGUGUCCCUGGUGCCAUCUCACUGGACAGGACAGGACUCUGCCAUUGAACCUAGAUCAGGCUCAUGAUUGCAGCAGACCACACACACUGGGCUCCUGCUGUUGCUGUGUGGGGUGGGGCAGGGUAGGGAGAAGGAUGCUGAUGCUUGGACUUUGUUUUGGUUUUGUCGUCCCACCCCCACUCCAUCCCCAAUUAGAAACCAAGUUUUCUUCAUUUCAUUUUAUUUGGAACUAAAUGAGAAUUUGGUUUUCAGUCUCUUCCUGUCCUGAGUUUUAAUUAAAAAAUCCUUAUAUUUUUCUUUCCUUUUUUUUUUUUUUAAAGGGAUAUGUAGUAAUAUUAGCAUAAAAAAUUUAAUUUGGGCAACUUUGAUUCUUACAAGAAAACAAAGCAUGUGAAUAAAAAUUGAAGUGUUGACCUCAGUUUGGGACCAACCUGCUUGGAUCUUUGUACAAACCGGUUUUGUAUGUUAAGGAGGAGUUUACGGCCUUUCUGACCACCUCGUGUCCCCUUUCUACACAGCCAUGUAUCACAUGGAGUUGCCCCCAGCCUCCCCAUGCACCCUGCUCUUGUCUGUUCUCCACCAGCAGCUCCAGUAUCCCAAACUUUGUAGUCCUGCUGGUCUUCAGCAAAAGGAGUGGAAACUGGAGGGCAGUUUCUGGACGGUUUUCUAAGAAACUUCUGAAUUCUAUUAUCUUUACAAAUAUAAGAUGAGAAAAUAAUUUUUUCAAUAUUUUUUAUUAAUCUUUUUAUAAAAUGAAACGCCUAUGAUUGAUUAAAGAUGGUGGUUAUGGCUGGGUGGUCUGUGGGGUUGUGUGUUUUUGGGUUUUUCCUUUUCUCUUUUUUGACCUUAUGUUUUGAGUUGAAACAUUUUCAGAUGUUGGGGGUCAUCCUCAUUAAAGGGUCCUUGUGCUUGCCUUCCGGGGCGGCAGUCCCCAGCAGGUGAACCACUGCAUCCGUGCAUCUGUUGGGUUGCCAGCUGCACCCUCCUCCCCCAGCCUUCGCUCUUGGGUUGUGCAUACUUCCCUUUACUUUGCUAAUUCAAUAGUUAAGUUGGUUUUACUUGAAUGAUUCAUGUUUAGGGGAGAAAAAAAAAAACACCCUUAAAUUUUUGUUUCAACUCCUCCUGCAAAUAAAAACAAUAAAUGAAGUGGCAGACGUAAACGGA